AGGGAACGAGAAGAGGAGCAGAGGGAACGAGAAGAGGAGCAGAGGGAACAAGAAGAGGAGCAGCGGGAACAAGAAGAGGAGCAGAGGGAACAAGAAGAAGAGCAGAGGGAACAAGAAGAGGAGCAGCGGGAACAAGAAGAAGAGCAGAGGGAACAAGAAGAGGAGCAGCGGGAACAAGAAGAGGAGCAGAGGGAACAAGAAGAAGAGCAGAGGGAACAAGAAGAGGAGCAGCGGGAACGAGAAGAGGAGCAGAGGGAACGAGAAGAGGAACGAGAAGAGGAUCAGAGGGAACAAAAAGAGGAGCAGAGGGAACGAGAAGAGGAGCAGAGGGACCAGGUAAUUAGGCUCUGUGACGGCAGUCGUGCCUCUGCCACCACCGGCACAAGCGAACAGGUGUGGGAGUCGGCAGCCGAAGAACCACACAACGCCUCGCCAGACGUCACGGACCGACCGCGGAGCGAGAGGAAAGAGGCUGUUCAGCCGYGGCGAGGACGAGAGCCGGAGCCGCGAGGCUUCACCCGAAAAGAACCUGAGCUGAAACCGUGA